CUUGCCGGGGUUGCUGCUCAACGUAACCUUUCAAAUAUUCCGCCACUGUGCCGGGAUCUGCAGAUUUCGGCAUCAGUCAGCUGUGUGGAUGUGCCAUGCGAUUAUACCCUGACACGCGUGGAAGGGAUCGAACUUACACUGUGGAAUGGCUGUGGCAACGCUACCUCCAGAAACUACAUCGCUACGGAUCUGAUAUACAGCAGCAAUGGAGCCAUGCAACAGCUGAUUACGGUGGAUCCAACCACCGGACUGAUCUAUAGAAACAGCGUGGCUGUAACUGAAGAUGCUACCCAGGUCUACCAGUUUACAUACUUUAACUUUGACCUUAGCCUCUCGGUGUCCAGUUCCGUCAGUGUUACGUUCCGGUUUGCCAGCUGCACCAUAAAACUGACCGGACCAGUCAACGGCACAACAUUUUGCCCUGGAUACCCUCCGGACCCGAUGAAUUCUGCCUAUAACGAUUAUCCGCAACUGACCAUAAUGGCUAGCAAUGUCCCGGACGGUACCGACUUAAUAUGGGAUAUGCCGGUAGACUGCAGUUGUCCUACCAACGGGCUGGGAGCCGCAUUGACCGAUCUCACGAGCCAAGCCGGACCACCGGCUAUAUAUUCGCCGGCCGUGCUGGAUUACGGUGCCAAUCCGGGUGUCAUUCUCGUUAGUAAUUACAAUGCCUUGCUGAACAUCCCCACUACCAGUAAAGCAGGGAUCUAUGGGGCGUCCAAUUAUCCCGGCAGUAUCAACUAUUCGGGAUGCCAGACGUUGUUGUUCUCCGUUGCACCGCAGUUAACCGCAUCCCCGUACAUCGCCGGUUCCACCGCUAUUGAGGUGUGCUUCGAUUCAGCUGGACAAGCGUGCAAUAUUAUUUAACAACCUUAGCAUUAUGGGGCUAGAAAUAAAUUGUCGGCUGAAUUAAGGAAAUCCGGUGCUCUAACGAUAAAACGAAUUUCAGUUAUUUUUAUUGGCAUGAAUUGCAAAAUGGCAAGGACUGCAAUAAUUUCAACAAAAGUCAAAAUUGCUA